CGGAGGCUUCAGGCCACCUGGGGGCCUAACAGCUGGCAGAGCUGCCCCGGGGCACAGGAGGCGGCUGCGGAGGGAGGGAGGGACGAGUCCAGUGCACGCGGAGCUCUGGGAUUCCAGACCUGCAGCCCAGGGCGAGUGGCCCCACCCCUCAUGUCACCUGGAGAAACCCUGGACCCGAUUCCUGACGGCUUCAUCCUGCAGCCGCCCGUCUUCCACCCGGUAAUUCCUUAUGUCACAACCAUUUUUGGCGGGCUAUAUGCAGGCAAGAUGGUGGUGCUACAGGGCGUGGUCCCACUCCACGCACGCAGGUUCCAGGUGGACUUUCAGUGUGGCUGCAGCCUGAGUCCCCCGCCAGACAUCGCCAUCCACUUCAACCCUCGCUUCCACACCGCCAAGCCCCACGUCAUCUGCAACAGUCUGCAGGGGGGACAGUGGCAAGCAGAGGCCCGCUGGCCCGGCCUGGACCUGCAGCGAGGGGCCAGCUUCGUCAUCCUCUUUCUCUUUGAGAACGAGGAGAUGAAGGUGAGCGUAAACGGAAAGCACUUUCUCCACUUCCGCUACCGGCUCCCCCUGUGGCGGGUGAACACUCUGGGCGUAUACGGUGACGUCUUGGUGAAAGCCAUUGGAUUCCUUAACAUCAAUCCAUUUGUAGAGGGCAGCAAGGAAUAUCCAGCUGGACACCCCUUUCUGCUGUACAGUGCUCGGCUGGAGUUGCCCUGCUCACGUGCUCUUCCUCGAGGUCUCUGGCCUGGACAAGUCAUCAUAGUUCGAGGACUGGUCAUGCAAGAGCCAAAGGAUUUCACGCUGAGCCUGAACGACGCGGUGGCCCGUGCUCCCGUGGCCCUGCGGGUGUCCUUCGCAGACAGGACGCUCACCUGGGUCUCCCACGGGCGGCGCAGGAAGCUCAUCGCGGCCCCUUUCCUCUUUUACCCCCAGCGAUUCUUCGAGGUGCUGCUCCUGUGCCGGGAAGGGGGGCUGAAGCUGGCGCUCAAUGGGCAGGGGCUGGGAGCCACCAGCGUGGACCAGCAAGUGCUAGAGCGCUUACGGGAGCUCCGAAUCAGUGGAAGUGUCCAGCUCUACUGUGUCCACACCUGAGGAAGGGGGUGCUCCAGGGGGUAACUCAACCAGACAAAAGGAAGACCAACCUAUGCCAGAGCUCCACUGUAUGGCCCUAGUCCAUUGGCCCUCAUUAGACCAUCAACCUGUCUCCACUGAGUCAGGCCCAGUCCACCCCUGGAUCACAAUGGAGUCUGCAGGGAUGUUGGGUCCAAAGAGCAGAGGGAAGAUAGCAGGAAUGAAAGUUGCUCCAACUCAGAGACCUUUCACCAGGAGCCUGGGACUUGGCUGUGCCAUCCUUCAGGCCCCGGGCUGGCCUCACAGGGACAGCAGGCUGUGUAGGCUGCAGGUCGUGUGUGAAGUUACAACACAGUACUUGUCCUCUGGCUAAGAAGGAAAGUGUGCCAAGAAGCUCUUCACCAGCACAGGCUCACGGACACUGUGUGAACAGGGUAAAAUGCAUCACCAACACCCCAAUUGGCCCAUACGUUUCAUAAAGACCCAGAAAUAAAAGAC